AUGAAUUCUCGAACAAUUAAACGUAUCAAUGCUGUUAAAGUAAAAGCGCGUAGUGAAUUGAAACUAGAAGAUUGGACAAAAAAUGACUAUUAUCAUGAUACAAAAAUAAAACCAAUUAAUGAUAAAUUAGAACGAAUUGAUGCUCGAAAUGUAACACAUGAAGAAUUUAUAGAGAGAUAUGAACGACCAGGGAUUCCCGUAAUGAUUCAACAUUCAAUUGACAGUUGGCCAGCAUUUGAUAAAUGGACAACAACACGUUUGGGAAAAAAGUAUCGAAAUCAAAAGUUUAAAGUUGGUGAAGAUGACAGUGGUCAUUCAGUUAAAAUAAAAAUGAAAUAUUUUUUGGAUUAUGCUGAAAAUAAUCAAGAUGAUUCACCAUUAUAUCUGUUUGAUUCAUCAUUUGGUGAACAUCCUAAACGACGUCGAUUAAUGGAAGAUUACGAUAUUCCAGAAUAUUUUACUGAAGAUUUAUUUCAUUUAGUUGGAGAAACACGACGACCACCUUAUCGUUGGUGGUGUAUUGGACCAGCACGAUCUGGCACCGGUAUUCACAUUGAUCCGUUAGGAACAUCAGCUUGGAACGCUUUAGUAGCAGGACGUAAACGUUGGUGUUUAUUCCCACCAGACACACCCAGAGAAUUAGUGAAAACAACGCAUAUCGAAGGCGGAAAACAAAAAGAUGAAGGUAUUACGUGGUUUAAAGUUGUUUAUCCUAAAACACAAACUAGUUUGUGGCCAAAGGAAUAUCCAUGUAUUGAAACAAUUCAACAUCCUGGUGAAGUUAUUUUUGUACCCGGUGGAUGGUGGCAUGUUGUACAAAAUAUGGAUUUGACAAUAGCUUGCACGCAAAACUUUUGUUCAUCAGUUAAUUUUCCAGUUGUAUGGAGCAAAACGGUGAAAGGACGUCCUAAAAUGAGUCAAAAAUUUAUGGCAGCAUUAAAACGAAAACGUCCGGAUUUAGCAAGAAUAGCUGAAAAAAUAGAUUCAAACACAGAUUAUGGAAUUCAAUUAGCUAACAUCAGCAUAAAAAUGGCCGAACUUGUCAAAGAUGCGAAUAUUAAAAUUGAUGAUCCUCGUUAUGAUCAAAACACUUAUACGGGACGAGCAAAGCAUUUCUUUUUAACAACAAAUCCAUUAAAUCUUUUGGCUAGUGGAAAACAAUUGGAUGAAGCUAAACAAAUCGUCGAAGAUUAUCGUCAUGGUAUUAUUGCUAAACGUGAUUUAUCUGUUGAUGAAUUGUGGCGAGCAAAAUAUUUGUAUGAUAGCGCAUUUCAUCCGGACACAAAAGAAAAAAUGUUUUUAGCAGGUCGCAUGUCAGCACAAGUGCCAUGUAACAUGACUAUUACUGGUUUUAUGCUAACGUUUUAUAAAAGUACUCCAGCUAUCAUAUUUUGGCAAUGGAUUAAUCAGUCGUUUAAUGCCAUUGUGAAUUAUACAAAUCGCAGUGGUGAUAAACCAAUCAGUAACCAAGAUCUUGCUAAAUCAUAUGCAAUUGCAACAUCAGCUGCGACAGCAACGGCUCUCGGUCUCAAAGCUGCUGUUACGAAAUUACCACCUAUUGCUGCUCGUUUUGUUCCAUUUGCUGCUGUGGCAGGCGCUAAUUGUGUUAAUUUACCAUUUAUGCGUUAUAAUGAAAUUCGAGAUGGUAUUGCAGUAUUUGAUGAAAAUGGUAAACGUGUUGGUGAAUCGAGUAAUGCUGCAAAAAAAGCUAUUAGUCAAGUUGUCUUAAGUCGUAUUGGAAUGGCAGUGCCAGGCAUGAUAAUACCGCCAAUUAUAAUGAAUUUUCUUGAGAAAAAAGAAUUUAUGCGUCGUCGUACAUGGUUGAAUAGUCCAAUACAAAUUGCUUUAUGUGGUGUGUUUUUAGUUUUUGCAACGCCUAUGUGUUGUGCUCUCUUUCCUCAAAAAAGCUCCAUAGCUGUCUCAAAACUAGAUCCAAAAUUACGAGAAAAAUUAUUACAUGAUGGUAUGAACGAUAACCAACGUAAAUGUGAGUCGAAUAAAGAUUGUAAAUACAAAGAUGGUCGAUUUGGUCGCAUCGAUUUAUUAUCCGUUGGCUUGAAGAACACGCCAGCAUUUAGAAAUUUACCAUCAACUGUUCGACCAGAUGGUUAUUUAUAUUCGUAUAAUCCAUGUUAUCCUUUCACUGAAGCAGCGUGCAUGGAUGUAGCAGGAUGUCAAAUUUCUAAGGACGGUGAACAAUCGUUUCCAAUUGCAACUCAAACUGCGAUGAGUUGGUCUGUGACACCUGCCGGAAAUGUCUCGUUGAUUUAUACUUAUAACCAACGAAUGUUAACUGUGAAUUUAAUUUGUACUGCAGAAUUAGAUCAAUUAGAAAUUGAUGGUGAAUAUGAACUUAACAAAUAUAGUAUGUCAUUGCUUAGUCGAUGUUCCUGCUGGAAUGGAUGUUAA